GGCACAACGGGCUGGUGGCAGCUGCCUACCUGCAGCAGGCAGGGGUGCGCACGGCUGUGCUGGAGAAACGCCAUGUGCUGGGUGGUGCGGCUGUCACGGAGGAGAUCGUGCCAGGCUUCAAGUUCUCCCGGGCGUCGUACCUGCUCAGCCUGCUGCGGCCGCAGAUCUACACUGAGCUGGAGCUGCGGCGAUACGGUCUGAAGGUGCUCCCACGGGACCCCUACUCAUUCACCCCACUGCUGGAAGACAGGAGUGUCCCCCGCUCCCUCUUGCUGGGCCACGACAUGGCCCAGACCCAGCAGCAGAUCGCCCAGUUCUCCCAGAAGGACGCCCAGGCUUACCCUGAAUAUGAGGCAUUCAUGGGGCGCUUGGUGUCAGCCAUCGACCCGCUGCUGGAUGCCCCCCCGGUGGAUACAGCUGCCCUGGGGCAGGGCUCCCUGCUCCAGCAGCUGAGGGCCCUGCGAGCUCUGCGGCCCCUGCUGCGGGCAGGGCUGGCGCUGGGACGGCAGCUGCCUCGCUAUUACGAAGUGCUCACAGCCCCCAUCUCCAAGAUCCUGGAUCAGUGGUUCGAGUCAGAGCCCCUGAAGGCAACUCUGGCUACUGACGCGGUGAUCGGAGCUAUGGCCAGUCCCCACACCCCUGGCAGUGGGUAUGUGCUGUUGCACCACGUGAUGGGUGAGCUGGAGGGACGGCAGGGAGCCUGGGGCUAUGUGGCCGGUGGAAUGGGGGCCCUGUCCCAAGCCAUUGCCCGCUCGGCGGUGUGCCACGUACUGCUGGGCAGGGAUGGGCGGGCACAGGGAGUCGCACUGCAGGACGGGACGGAGGUGAGGAGCAAACUGGUGCUGUCCAACGCCUCCCCCCAAAUAACCUUCCUGGAGCUCAUCCCCCAGGAACACCUACCAGAGGAUUUUGUCCAGCAAAUCCAGCAAGCUGACACACGCUCCCCUGUCACCAAGAUCAACGUGGCGGUGGACCGGCUGCCCAGCUUCCUGGCUGCCCCCAAUGUCCGUGACGGCCAGCCCCUGCCACACCACCAGUGCUCCAUCCAUCUCAACUGUGAGGGCACCCACCUCCUGCAUCAGGCCUUCACUGAGGCCACCCACGGGCACCCUUCCAGCAGGCCCAUGAUCGAGCUCUGCAUCCCUUCGGUGCUGGACCCAGGGCUGGCCCCACAGGGCUGCCACGUCGUGUCCCUCUUCACCCAGUACACCCCCUCUGUGCUGGCAGGCGGGCAGCCCUGGGACGAGCAGGCCAGGAAUGCAUACGCAGACACGGUAUUUGACUGCAUCGAAGCCUAUGCCCCGGGGUUCAAGGCAUCCGUCAUCAGCAGGGAUAUCCUGACACCACCAGAUCUGGAGAGGAUCUUUGGGCUGCCUGGUGGGAACAUCUUCCAUGGAGGGAUGUCUCUGGAUCAGCUGUAUUUUGUCCGGCCAGCACCAUCCUAUUCAGGCUACCGGACCCCCGUUCCCGGCCUGUACCUCUGUGGAAGCGGAGCCCACCCUGGAGGAGGAGUGAUGGGAGCAGCAGGACGGAAUGCUGCCCGGGUGGCCCUCGAGGACUUCAGGCGCCUGUGA